UCUCAGUCGAUCAUCGGAAAUCAUUACUUUUUGGAUACUUCUUAAAUAUUUUUAUAACAUGUACAUAUCUUUUAUAUUAAAAACUUCAGUUUUAUUAUGUGCCAUACUAAUAAACUUUAAUUUUGUUAAGUCCACGCUACUUUUUACUACCAACUCUGAGUAUGGGAUAUUCAUGGCCAUAUCGGUGCCCAUUGACUUGCCACAUCGUAAUGUCUUUUUGUCUUACAAUUACGAGUUCAAUUACUAUCAGCCGGAGCACGUGUACAAAUAUCCACCGAUUUUGAUGGGUCAGGACUUUGAGGAUGGAUAUCUGACAUAUCCAACCACAGGUCGCGAGGCCAAAGGUCGACACUGCCAAAAUUGCACUGAUUGGAAAAUUAAGGUCAAUAGUACAACUUCAAAUGGUUCCCUCAAAAAAACAGCCUCCCGUGAAAAGCGAGCUUUAACUCUGAUGAGUCGCUCUGUUUUCUAUGCCAUGUUACGGGAUAAAUUAAGAAGAUCUGGUUUUCCUGCUGAAGCGUGUUUGCUGCGUUUGAUUUGUGAUACAAAUGCCUCUCAGCUGGGCGACGUCAAUGGCUUUCUAGGAAGUUUAGUUCACAUUAUAUUCAGUCCCAGCAGUUCUAAGGAUGAGCACCUGCCCCAUGAAUAUUACCAAGCCGAGUGGGAUGGUCGGGAGCAUCAGGAGUGCUCCGCUUACACAAAUAGCUGUAAAGAAAAUAUUUUGGAUCUGAUUUCUGUGCCACUGGAGCAGGCCUUAAGCAAUAUUAUAAGUCGACGAAGAAGAUGAAAAAAAAAACUAGAGUACUGCCAAGAACCAUAAAGU